UCGAAAGUCAUCACAAAGGAUUUACCUCACUCGUUUUCAAGCUUUAUCGCAGUCAUCAAGAGAAGGAAGCUUUCAAGGAAGGAAUCAUGUUUGUCUCCCUGGCACUGUUGCUAUACCUGACCCUUGCUUUUUCUGAAGCAAAAAAAGCUGACAAAGGUGAAACAGGAGGGCUGGGAAAAAUAAUUUUCCUUCCGAGGAUAAACCUAUUGGCCGACUUUCAAGAAAAGGAGAACAGCAUCUUUGAUCCACUUUCUCCAAAAUGCAUCACAAAAAAAACCUUGAAGUCGUCAAGCAGCAAGUUCCACUACUAUAAAAGUACCAAGGCAUUGUAUAAGUCACUGGCCACCGAGUCAAGCUUGAGUGCCUCGUUAACCUCUUCGUUUACUUUGAGCGCUACUGUAUCAGUGGCAACAAAGAGCAAAAGCUCAGAGAAAACGGAAGUGAGCGGCAUAUCUUUGAUCAUGCAGGCGCUGACGGAAAAGAUUUACGUCGAUAAAGAGUGCCUUCUGAGUUCCAAAAGGUCCUCCCUAAAAGAAGAGUUCAAGAAACAUUUGAAGACGCUACCAUUAAAGAUCGAGAAACCUUGGCUUCACCAUUCUUGGAAGGCAUAUAGCGAUUUCCUGGAGACAUACGGCUCUCACGUCAUAACGUCUGAGGAGGAGGGAUCAAGGUUCCAGCAAAUGGUGUUCGCAGAGAGCUCUGAAUCUUAUAGCGAGAGAGAUUUCCAGGUUAGAGCCUGUAUUUCGGCUGCAGGUCCCACAUCCUAUGGAAAGCUUGAUGUUGCUGCUUGUUCUAACGUGAGCGAGAGUGAAAAAUCCGAGGCAACCAAGAUGAGUACUAGCGAGACACGGUUCGUCAGGGGAGGACUACGUGAUACAAACAGCGCGUUGACCAAUGGAAAGGCGUCCGCGGAACUGAUUAAGAAACUUUUGAAUGAAGCUAAAAAGUCACCUUCGCCUGUGCAGCAUACUUUCAUGCCGAUCUGGAUCAUAUUAAAAAGCCAUUUCAUUUCAGGAGAUGAUGAUGAUGUUGAUAAUUACGUCCGAGCAACAAACCUUCAGUACUACUACAGUGGUUACUUGGACUAUGGCUGCUAUUACAGUACAAGCGGUACACUUCAAAUUCAAAAGUUCGACUACACCGAACAAUCAACGAGUAGAUAUCCAGAAUUCGAAUGGACUCUCGCUAAGGAAGGUUGCCAUGACGAUGACGAUUGUCAUUACAUAGUUGGUGUUUGGUGCAGUUGUUUGGGAGAUUCGUGUGUUCACUACAGUUCGGAAAAACGAAUUACAGGUCAAAUCAAAGAAACGGCAUACAUCAACAGGCACACCUGGGACUGGAAAGGAUGCGAUUGGAAAAUCUGGGGGUCAGUUUGUGAGUGCGACAACAAAGAUCGCAAUAAAAGGAAGGUUGUGUGGCACUUACCCAUCACCUCCAAAGAUGCUGGAAAACAUAAAGCACAUGGGAACGGAACAUACCUCGAGCCAAAAGAUCCAGUUCCGCGUCAGGGGUGGAGAACCCCAAGACCUAAUACCGCUGAAGAUGUUGCCAAGCCUUCAAAACCCGGCAGUACCAAGCACCACACAGCAAAUCAUCCGAUUCAAAAUCAACGAAAGAAAGAGGAAGAAGAAAUGUGAUAUUUCUCUUAUCUUACAUGUAAUCACUGAAAUGGCGAGCACCUAGCAAAACUUAAAGAAAAACUGGACUAAUACAACAGUCGGCCAUUCGAUCGGAGCUGGACAGCUGUACUUACAACAUUUCGCGACCACUUAAGUAGAAUGUUAAAAUGCAAAUCCAGUUAAAAUGUUAAA